AUGUUGCUGUGUUGCCGCAUUUGCAUGGAAGACUGUGAAACAGCUGAAACUGAAGCCCUCAGGCGGGACUUCAAAUCUGAGUGCCAGCUGCCCGGUCCAGACCGCAAGUCGCCGACUCUGCGCGUUCGACCGUCCAUUGUCCCGUCUGUUGCAAUGGAGAAUCAGUUGUUUAAUCUGAAGUUUGUUGCGAAAAACCUCGAAAGAUCCGCUGUGAAAUGUGAAAGAUCCGAAAAAGAGGAACAGAGGAAAAUAAAAACUGCACUUGCGAAGAGCAAUUCUGACGGUGCCCGUAUUCAUGCUGAAAAUGCCAUACGAAAUAAAAACCAAGCUCUCUCCUUCAGGAGAAUGUCUGCGAGAGUGGACGCAGUUUGUGCCCGUGUUCAGACCGCUAUUGCCUUAAAGAGCCUCACUGGUAAUAUGGCGUCCGUUGUAAAAUCAAUGGACACAGCGGCAAAAUCAAUGGACUUAGAGCGGCUAAUGAAGUUGAUGGACUCGUUCGAAAAGAACUUUGAAAAUCUGGAUGUUCAGUCGCAGGUGAUGGAUACUGCAAUGGGUAACACUGUCACGCUUAACGUGCCUGAGGAUGAAGUUACCAGCUUGAUGAUGAAAGCGGCGGACGAAGCAGGCCUGGAGUUGAACCAAGAACUCCCAAAGGCAGACGGAAGCACAGUUUCUGUUAGCGCUGCGGAAGAAGAUGACUUGUCCCAACGGCUUGCCCGUCUACGACAAGUGUAA